AUGAGCAAAACUCAAUUCAUCGAUCUUACAGACGACCCUAUAGAUAGGUCAGAGCCAAAAAAACGAAAGCCGUCAUCCCCUAAGUCUCCUAAAUUUUCUGGACCUCCUGCCUCUCCCAAAGGCUCUAAAUCUCCUCCAUCAUCUGAACCUCCUGCUUCUAAAAAAAGAUCUCCUAAAGAAGGCAAAAAAUCUAACAAAAAACCCAAGCCCAAGCCAGAAAAGCCUGCUCCAACCCCAAAGCCUGACAUAAGAGAAUCAUUAAUGAUAAAAUCAUUAAUAAAACCAGGCUCAAUUUCAGACCGAAUCAAAAGUUUAUACACAAAACCCCAGAUUCCUCCUGACGCCCAAGUAACUGAAUUAGAAGACAUGGACAAUUUAAAGCCUCAGCAGCCUCCACUAAACGAAAAUGUGCCUGGAAAUAAAAAAAGUACAGAAAAAAGCGUAAAAUCCAAACCUUUAGAACCGAAUUUGCCUUCAAAUAAAUUGGACGAUAGCUCAUUUACAAGCAAGCCCCCUAAAAAAAUUGGAGAUUUAGGUCUCAGAAUAUUCGAUAAAGAGCUUGAAGGCAGCCCAGUAGAUAAGCUGCUGAAAUGAAAUUCCUCGAUCAGCUCUGACAGGGUGGAUAUAGAAAUCCCUAAAAAACGAGCUAGAAGUCUGGAAGAGGGGAUUGAAGGAAAUUUUAGCAGCGAUAUAUUAAUUUAA